AUGGGGUCGGGCGCCAGCGCGGCCAAAAGCCUCACGGACGAUGCUGAAACGGCGUCGGCGUCGGUGCGCGACCUCAGCGACGACGACUUGGCGCGGGCGGAAGAAUUUCUGGGCAGAGCGCAAAGGCUUGUAGCCCAGGAGCGCCGAGCACGGCAAAGCACCGGUGUUGGCGUCGCAGGAUCUUCGGAGACGAACUUGGUGAACGUCCAAGGCCUCGACGGAUCUUCCUUCCAGCUGGAGGUGGAUCCCAAUGUCAGCGUGGAAGACGUGUCCAAACUCAUUGCAGAGAAGAUCGAGAUGAAACCAGGUCGGAGAUUGGUGCUGUCUUCUGGUGGCAGUAUCUUAGAUGAGUCGCAGGAGCUGAUGCAACAAUUGGAUGCUCGAGGGCCUCGAGAGCUCAGCUUUGUACUGACGCCUAUCAACUUGCUUCAGGCUGCGAAGAUCUUGUGGAAAGCCCUGGCAGUGGCAGAGACCAAGAACCGCUUGACUGCGGCAGAUUUGAGUGCCAUGAAUGCCAUUACCUCACUAACCUUUGGCGAUGAUUUUAAUCAGAGUUUGACUGGUGCCAUGUUGCCACGGAGCCUGAAGGUCCUCACUUUUGGGAGUGAUUUCAAUCAUGGAUUAGGACGUGUUGCGCUGCCAAGCAACUUGCAGACUUUGAACUUUGGUGAGUACUACAACCAGAGUUUGGCAGGCGUCAGAUUGCCAAGCAGUGUGAAAACCUUGACGUUUGGUUCAACUUACAACCAAAGUCUGGCAGGAGUCACGCUACCAAACAGUUUGGAGACCUUGACUUUUGGUUGGAACUUUAACCAAAGCUUGGAAGGGGUCACCCUGCCAAACAGCAUUCAGACAUUGACGUUUGGCGAAAUGUUCGAUCAGGACUUGCGUGAUUUCUCGCUCCCAAGUAGCCUACAAAUUUUGACCUUUGGUACAAGUUUCGACCAGAGCUUGUCAGGUGUCACGCUGCCAGAAACUUUGCAGACCUUGACCUUUGGCGAAAGCUUUGAUCAAAGUCUUGAAGGCGUCACGCUGCCAAGCGGCCUGCAGACUUUGACCUUUGGGGAUCGUUUUGACCAGGGUCUUGGGAAAACCACGCUACCCAAAAAAUUGCAGAGCCUGACUUUCGGCUGGAACUACAAUCAGCCUUUAGAUGGUGUGACGCUGCCAAACAGCUUGCAGACCUUGAUAUUUGGCGAAAUGUUUGAUCAGGACUUGCAGGGUGUCUUGCUCGGCAGUCUUCAAACCUUGACUUUCGGCGCAAGCUUCGACCAAAACCUGGCGCGUGUUUUGCCAAAGAAUUUGCAAACUUUGACGCUUGGUUCAAACUUCCACCAGAGACUGUCAGGAGUUACACUGCCAAGCGGCUUGCAGACCUUGACGUUUGGUUCAAACUAUGAUGAGGCCCUGACAGAUGUCAUACUUCCAAGUGGCCUGCUCGCGUUGACGUUUGGGGAACAGUUUAACCAAAGUUUGGUAGGAGUCAUGCUGCCAAACAGCUUGCAGACGCUGACUUUCGGUUGGAACUUUAAUCAAAGUUUUGAUGGUGUCACUCUGCCAAGCACCUUGCAGACUUUGAUACUUGGCGAAAUGUUUGAUCGGGACUUGCAACAUGCCGUUAUGCCAAGUAGCCUGCAAACUUUGACAUUUGGUACAAGUUUCGACCAGGGUUUGGCAGCUGUCUCGCUACCAAGCAGCCUGCAGACUUUGAACUUUGGCGAGAGUUUUGACCAGAGUUUGGUAGGCGUGGUGCUUCCAAACAGUUUGCAGACUUUGGUCUUCGGCGAUCGCUUUAAUCAAAGCUUGGCAGGAGUCACGUUGCCAGACAGCUUGGAGAUCUUGACUUUUGGUUGGAACUUUAACCAAAGCUUGGAAGGGGCCACCCUGCCAAACAGCAUUCAGACAUUGACGUUUGGCGAGAUGUUCGAUCAGGACUUGCACUCGUUGCCAAGCAAUCUGCACACCUUGGCUUUUGGGGCAAGUUUCAACCGAAGUUUGGCAGGUGUCGUUCUGCCCCAAAGUUUGCAGACCUUGACCUUUGGUUCAACUUACAACCAGAGAUUAGAAGGCGUCACAUUGCCAAGGAGCCUAAAGACUUUGACCUUUGGCGAAGAAUUCAACCGGAGUUUGACAAAGGUGGCCUUGCCAGCUCUGGAGAGCUUGACCUUUGGGGUCGACUUCAACCAGGCUUUGGAAGACCUACCCAGCAGCUUAGAAACCUUGACCUUUGGGGACCAAUUCAGCCCUUGGGACGAUGACUUGGUGCUUGACAAGCUGCGGAACUUCAGUUGCCUCGGGUUCUCCAUCAGAUCGGAGCUGAAAAAACUCAUGGCAACUGGUGCCAGGGUUGAGGAGGAUGCCUUCCGACAACGAUUGGAGGAGGGUGGUCUCAAUGUUGACAUGGAAAUGCAAAAGGAGUUGACUCGCAUCGAACGGCGAGCUGAGGCUCUGCAAGAGACGAUCGACCAGUUUGCGCCGGCUGAAGCCCUCGUGGAGAAACGUGCCUCGGCCCUGGAUCAACUGGCGCAGCUCAGGGAGCAGUUGGACUUUGAGGUGUCCCAACGUCAGGCAGCAGAUGAUGAGGUGGGUCAGGCCAUCAGUGAUUACAGAACCACUCUGCUGCGUAGCUUGAGUGUCGCGCAGCGUAGUUACAACUGA